GGAAUUGUCGUACGUUGAUGACGUUGAGGUAAUGGCCGAUCUCGCUGUGCCGUGUGGAGUGUUUUAUUUUCUGCACCAUAGCUGUUAAAUAAAACCGUAUAAUAUUCAUUGUAGACCGUAAGAAAACAACAUCGACGGGAGAGGGCAGUUCUUAACGUCGCAGUGCUGUCUUCGAAAGAGCUCCGGGUCGACAAGAAUAUUCUCUAAUGGAUACUCCUGAAAGCCCUACUCAGUCCCCUCAGUCUCCUGAGGAGGAGGAGGAGGAAAAGGGCCUUUCUGACAGCGAGCUGCUGGAUUCUCCUGAUGAAGAGGAUGACAGGGGCAUGUCAGACAAUGAGAUACUCCACGAAGAGGAAAACGGGAGGCUUCUUGAGGACGACGAUAUGGUUGAAAGCCGAGGAAGAAGUUCAGAAUUAGAGGAAGAGAGGGAAGAAGACGAUGAGGUGGUCCCUGACUUUGUCUCUGAUCCAGAGGAUGAAGAACCUGUAGGAGAAGGGAUGGGACAGGAGGAUGGGCCCAUUGUGUUAAUGGAAGGGGAUGAAGACGUUCGUGGCCAGUUCAAUGGUGAGGAUGACAAGGACGAAGAGGAACAAGAGGAUAGAAUCUUUGACACCCCACAGUCUCCAGACUCAGAGCCAGAGCAGGGCAAGAGUUUCACUGCUGAAGAGGACGGAGAAGACGGGGAGGACGGAUACAGUGACUACAGAAAGGACGACUCUGCAGACCCUGAGACAGCUGAGGUGGAUGAGGAUGAGGAGGAGGAAGAAAAAAGCAAGGCUGAUGAGGAAGAGGAGGAUGAGAGGAUAAGAGCUGUGGAAGAGGAGAGGAGGAGAGCUGUCGCAGUGAGGGAGAUGAAGGAGGACUCUACGUCUGUGUCCCGGGAGCUGGACGAGCACGAACUGGAUUACGAUGAGGAGGUCCCCGAGGAGCCCAGCAUCCCUGCACAUGAGGAAGAUGAAGAUGAGGAAGACACAAAAGCGGAGGGAGAAGAAGAAGAGGAGGAGAGUGAGGACAAGAGCAGUAAAAAGAGGGAGAAGAAACCAAUCCUCCCUCCAUCGCCCAAAGACAGUGACUAUAAGAGGACAAGUGAUUCCAAAGGGCCUGAGAGGAUGCGCAGAGAUUCCUUCAGAGACAAGAAGAAGGAUGAAGAUGAUGGAGAGAUUGAUGAAGGAGAGAUCGAUGAUGAUGACUUGGAGGAGGGCGAGGUCAAAGAUCCCUCAGACAGGAAGAUCAGACCACGUCCCAUCUGCAGGUUCUUCAUUAAAGGAAAUUGCACUUGGGGUAUGAACUGUAGGUUCAUCCACCCGGGGGUCAAUGACAAAGGCAACUAUUCCCUCAUUACUAAGCCAGACCUCUUCUCACCUAAUGGAGCUCCGCCUGGAGGACCACACCCACUUAUACCCAACAAUCCCUGGGCUGGACCUGCGGUAGAGGAGCUCCCUCCACCACCUCCUCCAGUGGAGCCUCCCGUGGAGAGUGCCUGGGAGCGAGGCCUAAGGCAUGCCAAAGAGGUGCUGAAGAAGGCCACCAUCCGUAAAGAGCAGGAGCCGGACUUUGAGGAGAAGCGCUUCAACGUGACCAUCGGAGAGGACGAGAGAGAGUUCGACAAGGAGAAUGAUUUCUUCAGAGAACGAAGCUACCGCAUCAUCCGAGAUGAAAUGGAGUUCAGAGAUCCUAUAUAUGGUGACCCAUAUGCUGAUCCGUACUAUGACUAUGAAAUGGAGGCCCUAUGGCGAGGUGGCCAGUAUGAAAACUUCAGAGUUCAGUACACAGAAGCUCCUCUUCCUUACCACUAUAGUGACCGUGAACGCGAACGGGACCCUCGGGAGCGGCACCGGGACCGAGAGAGGGAGAGAGAUCAUCGUGAGAGGGAGCGCCGGCAGAGAGAGAGGGAGAGAGAGCGGGAGCGCGAGAAGGAGAGGAUGCGGCGGAAAGAAGAGUGGGAGAGGGAUCGGAUGAAGAGGGAUGAGAAGGACAGGCCGAGGAUGCGUCCUCCUCGAGACGCCAGGGAGAAGAAAGACGAGGACAAACUGAAACCACGCUCUCCCCUCAGCCUGCCACCCAACAGGCCGAUGGAGCCUCCAUCAAAGAAGGAGGUUGUUCCAGUCAUGCGGCGACCUGAUGAGUGGAAGGACCCAUGGCGCCGGUCCAAAUCCCCCAGGAGACGCCCCGGGCUGGGCUCUCCUCCACGAGGCCGCCGGCGGCAUCGACCCUCAGCCUCCUCUGUCUCUCUGUCCAACUCCUCCAGGUCUUCGUCUCGCUCUUCAUCCUACACAGGCUCUGGGUCAUCUCGUUCCCGCAGUAGAUCUUCCUCGUUCAGCUCCUACUCCAGCCACUCCUCCCAGCGCAGCUCCUUCAGUGGCAGCCGCUCUAGGUCUCGAUCGUUCUCCACAUCCCCCUCACCGAGUCCAGCAGCACAGAGGAAUGCUAAGAACAAACCAGAUCUUCCUCCUGUGUUGCCUAAAGGCAUGCCGAUGAAGCCGGGUGCCAUGCCCCCUCCUCGCAGGGACAAGCCUGCCAUUAAGAAAGCUCCCAGUCCUCCUCCGCCUGGUGGGCCGCCGGGCAGGCCUUCCAAACCACUGCCAGAGGGAGGGAAGCCACCCACCAAUCCACGGGAGGCUGGAGGCGCAGGCAGUGGGGUAGGCGGUGGUGGUGGAGCUGGGAGACCCCUUCCUCCAAGGGAACCUGGAAAAGCCCCCAUCCCAAGGGAAGACAGGCGGAAAGAACGGCAGCAACAUCCCCCACGAAGGCGAACCGUGAGUGGGAGUGUCAGUGGAAGUGGUAGCAGUUAUUCUGGUUCUAGCUCCAGAUCCAGAUCCUCCUCCAACUCCCUCUCACGCUCGCGCUCUGGAUCCAGAAAGUCCAGGAAAUCCAGAUCACUAAGUGUGAGCAGCGUGUCGUCGGUGUCAUCGGCGUCGUCCAGCAGCAGCUCAGUGCGCAGCGCGGACUCAGACGACAUGUAUGCUGACUUGGCCAGUCCGGUGUCCUCUGCCAGCUCACGCUCGCCCACACCAAAUCACCCCCGCAAGGAGCGAGGGCCUGUGAGGGACAGGCCUCCACAUGGAAGAGAUAAAGUCAGAGAGAGACCAUCAAAGAAAGAGGAAUCCUUCAGGGAAGACCGCAGGAAGAUUGACCCAUCUGGUAUCCCACCUAGAGGAGGAAACCCCAUGGCCAGAUCAGGACCUGGUAGCAGGGGUGGCCACCAUUUACAUCCCCCAAGUGGCAACAUGGGCCCCCCAGGAAACUAUGGAGGUUCAGGUUCCCACAAAGACAUCAAACUCACCCUUCUCAAUAAGCAGCAGGGAGAUAAGGGCAACAGAAAGAGGUACCUGCCCUCAGACAAAGACCGGCCAGGAUCCCCCCUCAGCAAGAGAAUGGCCAUGUCUCCAGACAGAGGCCGUGAUAAAAGGAUGCCUGGCCGACCCCCACUCUCCCCUCGAAUGGAUCGGCCCAGAGGCCAAGGGCCCCGACCCAUGCCCCCCCAGGGAGACAGAAAACGUCCUCUGUCACCGCCCCCCAAGUCAUCUGGAAAAGGCCCAGCAGCGCCCUCGGGUAAGCCAAGCGCCCCGGGCUCCGCUUCGGCCGCCGCCUCAGGCUCCGGCUCCAGCUCGGGCUCCAACAAACCCAGCAACACACUGUCCCGCCGCGAGGAGCUGCUGAAACAGCUGAAGGCUGUGGAGGACGCCAUCGCCCGUAAAAGAGCAAAGAUCCCCGCCAAAUAAACGGAAAAGGCCGCUCCUCGCUUGUUCGCCUGCCUGCCAGUCUGCCUGCGCAGCCUCUUGAGCCUGGGCAACAGUGAGGGCCGUGGGAUUGAGAGUGUUUCCCCCUGCCUUCAACGGACAUGUAAAAAAUGUUGUAUGGUUCAUGUAUAAAGGCUGUUGUUAAAGUGAAAAGGAUGUGACCUCCACGAAAAAAACCACCAUCUGCUUGUUUGCCCUCAGAGAGGUUUGGCUCUGCUCCAUUCUAGUGUUGUUCACUCCCAUAUGCCUGACAUAAGCACCGUUAAAAGUCUUUGAAUGUCUCGGCUGCAGUUUCCCAAUUCAUUUCCCAGUUUCAUCAAUUAGAAACAGGAGGAAACAUUUGGGCAUUUGGUGAGGGAGGGACACCUCAAGAAUGGAGUGUAUUUGUGUAGAUUUUCCAGUACAGAAACAGAAGGGUAGUAAGGUGUACUUGAUCACUUGCUGCUCACUCUGGAAGCAUCUUCCUCUGUGGCGUGAUGAAUUACACAUUCAUACGCAUUGAAUCUACUAUUUCUGUCCGUCUUUCUCUGCCCCCUUUUAUCGUCUUGUUCUUACAUCUUUUCUUUAGUUUCCUCCGUGUGGAGCGGUGUGACUGUUGCGUCAGCCCUCAGCCUACCGACCACUCCAGGGCUUCACAACACUUCUUCGUAUAAAUCUACAGAUUCUUGAGCAUCCGUAUUCGCCCCCCUGCAACCGAUCACGAGCCCAGGGUUUGUUCAGAGGGGGCCCCAUGUUUAACCAACGAUUCGUCUGUGUUCUGUGUUUUAGGGCAGUAUUCGCUGUCACACCUUGUACAAUAAUAGCAAGUCAUCCAAUUCUUUAAAGCGUAUGAUUAUAGACAACAGUGAUGUGAAGUAUUGCUUCUUCUUUUUUUUUAAUCUACGGCAUUUUGUUUUCUUCUUAGCUCUUAAGAGAUAAACCAAUGUUUUAUUUGAGUCACAUUUUUAGUUGGAUUGUAAGAGGCGGAACGGGGACAUUUAGAGACAAAAUGUGUCUUUUGUGACAAAAGCCUUCUAAAUAAACUAUUUUGAUAAAGAGAG